AUGAAUACCUUUAGUAAAAAGUUAGAAAGAGAUAGAAUACAUUCACAUGUCUUAAAAAAGGAUACAUUGGAUUUAUUAAACCAAAAAAAUUAUAAAGAAGCAUUAUUAAAUAUAGUAAAUCUUCUUAAGCUAAAUAAACCAGGUCAGACUUUUUUAAUAAGAGGACCUAGUGGGUGCGGUAAAACAGCUUUGAUUGCAGAUUUAUAUAAAGAACAAUAUUUAAUAAAUUCUAUCAGUGCUGUAGAACUACAAAGCUUUAAUCUUAGUAAGGCAGAAGCAGUUACACAGGCUGUUCGUAAAUCAAUAAGAUUACGUAUUAAAGAAAUUAUUAAGGUAAUAGAAGGUGAAAUAACAAAUCUUACGUCUUCUAAAUUAAGCCUUAAGACUUUAGAUAUGGAAUCGACUUUCGAGAUUGGCGAUAAAAUGUUACAAGAAAUACAAAAAGAAAAAAUUGUCAUAGGUGAUGUAGUUCGUAUAAUAAAAGAGAGAGGAAAGAUAAUCAAAUUGGGUAUUAGUGCAUCAAAAAUGGAUUCAGAAUUUAUUGGCGAUAUUCUUUCGGUGCCAUGUCCUGAAGGUGAAAUGUUUAAAACAAUUGAAGAUGUCCAAUUAAUGACUUUACACGAUAUUGAUUGUUUAAACAAUAAAACACAUGGUUAUUUAGAAAUUUACAAUGGCGAAACGGGUGAAAUUAGUAGUGAAGUAAGAAAAGAAGUUAAUAAAAGAGUAAAAAAGUGGAUAUUAGAAGAAAAAGUAGUGCUUGAGAGAGGAUUAUUGAUUAUAGAUAAUGUUCAAAUUCUUCAUAAAGAUUAUUUUUACUUAUUUAAUAAUUCCAUUGAAUUUACUUUUGAUCCUGUAAUUCUUAUGAUCGAGAAUGUUACAGACACUUUACAGAGUUCAACUGGUUUAUUAAGUUCAGCCUUUGUUAUAAAUGUAGACCAAAUAAAUGAUAAUGAUUUAAAAGAUGUUAUACGGGCACAUAUCGAAACAGAAAAUGUUGAUUUUGACUCAAAUGUUCUUGACUAUUUAAAUGAUCUCGCAUUGUCAUAUGGCAUUAAUUAUGCUAUUAAUAUUAUUGAUCUAUAUGUUGUAAAGAGUCUUAAACAAGCAAAUACUAAAAUUGCAUUAGAGGAAGUUAAAACAUUAGUUAGCUUGUUUCUUGAUGUAAAUCGUGCUUGUGAUACUAAUUAA